AUACUGAUCGCGCCUACUCGCGAUGCGCUCGCGCUCACACCAACCGGGAAGCCUCCGGGUCUGACAGCUGGCGGACGGACGGGGGAACCACUAACACUGAUGGUAGGACGAGCGGCUCUUCCCCGAAAUCAUCCCAGCGUCAGGAAGUGUCCUCCGUGUCUCCUCUGCGGCUUUUGCUCUCUCUCACACACACACACAUACACACACACAUACAUAGAGGAUGGUUAUGUGAUAGGUUGGAGCGGAGCCCGGGGGUCUGAUGAUGAUGAGGAGAAUUAAGAGCAGGUUUCUGCCGCUGACCGGGAAGUUCCAGCUGACGCUCAGUGCGGAAUAAAGGAGCCCCGUUUUCACUGAAGGAUUAAAUCACUUCUUUGAUUGUAGAAUUCCUUCUUUAUUUUUUUUCUUGGCUGAAAUGGGGUUGUCAUCCUGCAGGCGGUAGCCUACAUGUUGCCGGACUGACGGAUGGGGAUCUUCUAUGGCCAUAUCUGGACUGUUGAGAGUUAACAGGACGCAACACAUCCAGGUCAAAUGAGCAUCUAAUGUGUGCUGAGUGUGACAUGGGGAAUUCGGGACUAUUCAACCUCCUGUUUUACUUAAUUCUCAACUGGCCUAAUAUAUUUUGUGCAAAUGCUGCAUUUACCGAGGUCCCUAAGGAUGUGAGUGUGGGGGAGGGCGAGGAUGUCGAGAUGCCCUGCGCCUUCAGGGCGCUCAGCUCAACGCCAAUGUCUCUAGAGAUCCAGUGGUGGUACCUGAAGCACGCUGGGCCCAAAGAUCUGCCUCAAGAGCUGCAGAUCAGCUCGCCGGCCAACACAGCACAGGUAGUUCCAAGGGAAGCCACCAAAAUAAGUGCUGUGCGUGUUCAGGGCAACGCCAUUUCACACCGUCUCAGCCUGUCCCGGGUGAAAAAGGAGGACGAGGGCGUGUAUGAGUGCCGCGUGUCUGACCUGUGGGCCGACGAUGACGACGCAACAGAGUUCACGGUCCGUGCCAUGCUGCGGGUCACGCUGGGGGGGGGCGGCGGCAUGGUGGCAGAGGAGGCCGUGUCGCACAUCCAGAACCGCUGGCCACUUAGGAGCAGCAACACAGCCCUGGGAGGGGGCGGGGCCGGGAGGGCCACCAUGGAGCCGGGCCAGAGGGGGCCUGGCCCCCCCCUGGCCAGCUCCACCAGCAGCACCUCGCCGGCCAAGUCAUCAGCUUCAGGGAGCGCUACCAUUGUCCGGCAGCAGCUUGGAGCGGGCUGUGGUGUAAUGAGGACCAUGGACCCGCUCCUCUGCAUCACUCUCCUGUUCCUGCAUAAACUCCUUCCCUACCUGUUGGCCCACUGAGGGGACUUUAACCAAAAUCCCUUUGACCUGCAACCUUUUCACUUUCUAUACCAAAAACAAACAUCGCAGUCAGUGACCUUCAGGGGAGCACUGGAGGGAGUGAAAGCAAUGAAAAAGGACGGAGGAGACUCAAAUAACAGAGAACGCUCCUGGGAGCUCCAUGACUGUUGAGCAGGCUGAGUGUGUGCUCCCAGUGGAUGAUGGGAGCAUUCCUGCUGAUCCACACAGCAUGGCCGCUUGAAGCGCUCUUCCGCUCUGCACCUGAUUCAUGCAUGACUUCCUCAAACACUCCACACGCAGUAUUUCAGCUGUGAGUUCUGUUCAUCUAACACAGCUCACUUCCAUGUGAGUCCUACUGCAGACUUAGUCCCUUUCAUUUGUUAAAUUGAUCACAAUGUGGCCCUGUUUUUUCUUUGAAAGGGGUCGAUUUGAGGCAUCUUUAUUAUAGAGAACUACUGUUCACCCAGUGUGUUAGUCUGAUGUUUUCCGUGUCCACCCCCCUCCUACACACACACACACACACACACACACACACACACACACACACACUUUUGUUUUCAUAGCUGUGUUCUAUAUGUGAACAAAUAUGCGGAUAUAUUUUGAUUAAGAUAAGGCAUAUCUUACCAUUGUUGUUAUUGUUAAUCACCUCCAAUAAUGUUUAUUUUUAUUAAAUAUAUGGUGAUCGAAGUGAGACAUUUCAUUUUUAUGAGACAAAAAGUGAUUUAUUGGUAAGUUGCCAACAGGUUUAUUGUAUUUGUAAUAAA